AUGCGCAGGCUCGCGGCCGCCUUCGCGCGCAGCGGGCGAGUAACGUGCGUGGGGGCGGGGCGGGCCCGCAGCGCGGCCGGGCGCAGCCAGCCGGUGCCCGCCGCCGCCGCCGCCGCCAUCGCCAUGCCCGGCAGGAACAAGGCGGCGGCCGGCUGCAGCUGCCCGGAGCUGCCGGCGGGGCAGCAGCAGCCGCCGGCGGAGGGCGGCCGCGACGCCAGAGGCCGCUCGCCUCAGCAGCGGGACGCGGAGGCCGAGGAGGAGCGCGGCGACCGCGGGCCCGGCGCCAACCUCGGCGACCCCGACAUCGUCAAGUCCCCCAGCGACCCCAAGCAGUACCGGUAUAUCAAGCUGCAAAAUGGCUUAUGUGCACUUUUAAUUUCGGAUUUGAAUAACCUGGAUGGUGCCCCAUCUGCAUUGUCUUCGGAGGAGGAUGAUGACGAUGAUGAUGAAUCUGAAGAGGAAAGUGAUGAUGAUGACUCUGGAGCAGAGAUCGAAGAUGGCAGAGAAGGUUAUGAUGAGGAGGACUAUGACGAGGAGGAUGAGUGUGAGGACAAUGAUGGAGAUAAUGAGGAUUUCAAUGAUCCUGAUGACAGUGAAUUAGAAGAGCUAGCUGAAAAGGAAGAAACAAGAAAAAGAGGUUGUACAGAAAAGCAGUCUGCAGCUGCCCUGUGUGUUGCUGUUGGCAGCUUCUCCGAUCCUGAAGACCUACCUGGAUUAGCGCACUUCCUGGAACAUAUGGUUUUUAUGGGCAGUUUGAAGUACCCAGAUGAGAACGGGUUUGAUGCGUUCCUUAAGAAACAUGGGGGCAGUGACAAUGCUUCAACCGAUUGUGAGCGGACAGUCUUCCAGUUUGAUGUGCAGAGGAAAUACUUUAAAGAAGCACUUGAUAGGUGGGCACAAUUCUUUAUUCACCCACUAAUGAUCAGGGAUGCAAUAGAUCGAGAAGUCGAGGCUGUAGACAGUGAGUAUCAGCUAGCAAGACCCUCUGAUGCAAACAGAAAGGAGAUGCUAUUUGGGAGUCUUGCCAGGCCUGGACAUCCUAUGAAGAAAUUUUUUUGGGGUAAUGCAGAUACACUCAAACAUGAGCCUAAAAUGAACAAUAUUGAUACCUACACCAGACUGAGGGACUUCUGGCAGCGUCAUUACUCUGCUCACUACAUGACUUUAGUUGUUCAGUCUAAAGAAACACUGGAUACAUUGGAAAAGUGGGUGACAGAAAUCUUCUCUGAAAUCCCAAAUAAUGGUUUACCCAAACCAAGCUUUGGCCAUCUGACUCAGCCUUUUGACACACCAGAAUUUCACAAGCUUUACAGAGUUAUUCCAAUCAGGAAAGUUCAUUCAUUGAGUAUCACCUGGGCACUUCCUCCACAAGAGCAGUAUUACAGAGUGAAGCCACUUCAUUAUAUUUCCUGGUUGGUGGGACAUGAAGGCAAAGGCAGUGUUCUUUCUUUUCUUAGGAAAAAAUUUUGGGCUCUUGCAUUAUAUGGAGGAAAUGGUGAGACAGGGUUUGAACAGAAUUCUACUUACUCCAUCUUCAGCAUUUCUGUGACUUUGACUGAUGAAGGUUACAAACACUUUUAUGAGGUUGCACAUGUUGUAUUUCAGUAUCUGAAGAUGUUGCAGAAAAGAGGGCCAGAUAAAAGAAUAUGGGAAGAAAUUCAGAAGAUUGAAGCUAAUGAAUUUCACUACCAGGAACAGACAGAUCCAGUUGACUAUGUGGAAAGCCUUUGUGAGAACAUGCAGUUGUUUCAGAAGGAGGAUUUUUUGACAGGAGACCAGCUCCUCUUUGAAUACAAGCCUGAGAUCAUUGCUGAUGCCCUUAACCAGCUCACACCUCAGAGAGCCAACCUUGUUUUGCUAUCUGCUGCCAACGAGGGCCAGUGUCAUCUAAAAGAGAAGUGGUUUGGAACACAGUACAGUGUGGAAAAUAUUGACAAAUACUGGAGUGACUUAUGGGCCAGUGACUUUGAGUUAAAUCAGGAUUUACACCUUCCAGAAGAAAACAAAUACAUAGCCACUGACUUUGCUUUGAAAGUUGCUGACUGCCCUGAGACAGAAUAUCCAGUCAAAACGUUAAGCACACAACAAGGCUGUCUCUGGUACAGGAAGGAUGAUAAAUUCAAAAUCCCCAAAGCUUAUGUUCGUUUUCAUCUGAUCUCUCCAUUGAUACAGCAGUCUGCAGAGAACAUAGUAUUGUUUGAUACAUUUGUAAACAUCCUUUCCCACAAUCUUGCUGAACCAGCUUACGAAGCAGACGUUGCUCAGUUGGAAUACAAGCUAGUAGCUGGAGAACAUGGCUUAGUUGUUCGAGUGAAAGGAUUCAAUCAUAAACUACCUCUUCUAUUUCAGCUCAUCAUUGAUCACUUGUCUGACUUCAGCUUUACUCCAGCAGUUUUUGAAAUGAUAACAGAGCAGCUGAAGAAGACAUACUUCAACAUCCUCAUCAAACCUGAGACCUUGGCCAAGGAUGUGCGUCUCCUGAUUUUAGAAUACGGCAGGUGGUCCAUGAUAGAUAAGUACGAGACGCUGAUGAACGGCCUUUCCAUCGAGUCUCUCUCAUCCUUUGUUAAGGCUUUCAAAUCGCAGCUCUUCGUGGAGGGUCUUGUGCAAGGAAACUUCACAAGCAAAGAAGCCAAGGAUUUUCUGAAUUACGUUGUUCAAAAGCUGCAGUUCGCUCCUCUGGCCCAUCCCUGCCCCGUUCAGUUCCGGGUGGUGGAUCUGCCAAACGCACACCUCCUCUGUAAGGUGAAAACUCUCAACAAAGGUGAUGCCAACUCUGAAGUGACAGUUUAUUACCAGUCAGGUGCCAGAAACUUAAGGGAAUAUACCCUUAUGGAGCUGCUUGUGAUGCACAUGGAAGAGCCUUGCUUUGACUUCCUGAGAACCAAGCAAACCCUUGGCUACCACGUGUACCCCACCUGCAGGAAUACUUCCGGCAUUCUUGGAUUCUCCGUCACUGUAGCAACGCAGGCAACUAAGUACAAUUCUGAAUUGGUUGACAAGAAAAUAGAGGAGUUUCUUUCUUGCUUUGAAGAGAAAAUCAAGCAUUUAACCGAAGAAGCUUUUAGCACCCAGGUUACAGCUUUAAUAAAGCUUAAAGAAUGUGAAGACUCCCAUCUUGGAGAGGAAGUAGAUAGAAACUGGAAUGAAGUUGUGACACAGCAGUAUCUCUUUGACAGGCUUGCCCGUGAGAUCGAAGCUUUGAAGUCUGUUACUAAAUCAGACCUGGUCAGCUGGUUCCAGGCUCACAGAAGCAAAGAAAAGAAAGUGCUGAGUGUACACGUGGUUGGAUUUGGAAAAUAUGAAGGGGACUCAGAGGUUACAGCUGUCUCAGAAGUACAGAAUUCUUCAUGUGGUGAAAUACCUCAUCUUACUUUCUUACCCCCAUCCUCCUUGAUGACUAAUGUUACUUCCAUCAAGGACAUCAAGGCUUACACAUCAACUCUGAAUGUUCUCCCUUACCAUAAAAUAUUAAAAUAAAUAUGACAUCUUGCCCUGCAGUGAUGUGUAAUACAGGUACUUUUUACAACUUAACCGUUGCAAAACUGGUUUUUAUUAACAAAGCUGCAGUGGUAGCCGAGAUGAGGAAGUCCAUUCAGCUACGGAGGUAGCUUCCCUCAAGAGGUUUCCAGCCAGCCUUUCUCAUUAAGGUCCAAGUUUGUUAAGAACAGGCACAGCGCUGACUUCCAGCUGCAGAGAGGGGAGGGUUGUUUUCUCUUUCACUAGAAAGACACUGUGCAUUCCUCUCCCGCUGUUUGAAGGUGGAGGCUGCCUGUCAUUUGCAUCAUUCCUACAGUGCUGUGGCAAUUGCUUAACAGAAGUUACAUUUCCUCAAAGAAAAUAUUCUGCAGUCCCCCUGGAGGAAUUAAAAGUGCAUGUGGAGAAGAAAACAAAACCAAACUUUAAGGCUUCAAUCUUAGACUGCUUUUUUAGUUUUUACGUAUCUGCAAAGUAGACAAAACUGAAUUUAAAUCAAAUUAAUGAUAGACUUACUUAAACUGUGGAAGGAAAAAUAGUUUGAUUGCUACCUAUAGCUGCUUUCUCAAACAUUAUUUAAUUUCAGGCUAAAUCACAGAAACACAAAAGGUUCCUAUAGCUUUAGCUAGUCAUUAGAAUUAAGGCCAGACAUAAGUUUCCAGAAAAAUUCUGCUGUGAGUGGUGCAAAUUCUGUUCCUUUUGCUAGUUUAUUAACUACUAGCUAAAGUUUAACUAAGAACUAGGUUUAGCUAACAAGGAUUCCACUGUAAAAUUUUGUACUAAUACAUUUCACGUAAAGCAAAUGAUCAGCACUUAGCUGCAAAGGUUUAUUAUGAAAUAAAUAAAAGUCCAUAAGAGAAGUUUGAAAAAUCUAUUUUAUGAAGCUUUAAGAUGCAUUGAGUAGAAUUAUCUGUGGUUACAUUUUAAUCUCUAAAAUAAAAUAACAAAGUUAUUUUGGGCAAGACACUGAAAUGCCAAAAGAUUUGAUUAUCAUACAGGUGGAAGAUAACAUUUAUGUAGCAUUUUCUAACAAACCAUCCCAUCAAAGGAAUCCUCAUAUUUACACAUUGCAAACAUUAGCUAGAUUUAAAUGACUUGUUGUUGUUUAAAUAUGUAGGACCCAGGAAUAUUAUGCAACUGAUACCAAAUGUCAUGGCCUUCACAGUGGUUAUACAAAGUGUAUACUUCACAGCCCAGAUUUUCCAUGCUUUAGAAGCAUUAUUAAAAGGGCUCCAGCAGCCUGCCUUUGAAGCCUGAAUAUACUACUGUUACAGCAAAGUCCAAUAUAAGUUACUGCAGAGCCAAGACGUUUUCUGUUUUAUAUAAUUGCUUAUCUGCAUCAGUAAGUCCAGUAUCCCUGAGAUAGGAACCACUGUAAUCGGAGGGGAAAGGUUCUCCAAAAGUUACAUACAUGAUAACUGAUGACUAUCUUGGUAUCAGAUGUAAACUUCGCUAAGCCAAGGCUUGAAUGUUUUCAGUUUUUAUAACCCACUUAAUGUUUACUGGCAGCAAGUCGUUUCAAUAGUGGCUCAUCAUAAACCCAACAUUCUCCAUCUUCAUGGAAUAACUAGAAAAUAAAAGGAGGGUAAUAAUCAAAUGUAAGCUUUUUAUGACUAACUUGGAAAGGAACAGUAAAAUGCUACCGGUCAGAGAACACUGGCAAUGUUUGAAUAAAGCUCACCCUUGUCUCCCA